AUGCGCCUCCCAUACGUACCCAAUCCUCCUCCCACCAGCACGCCCGAGGAAGCAGACAUUCUCGCGCGGGUACAGGCCCGUCGCGGCGCUGGAGGCCUCAUUCCUCUCGACAGAGCUCUGCUACAUUCGUUCCCCGUCGCCGAUGGCUGGAACUCCUUUAUUGGCGCCAUCCGCACGCAUACCAGUCUCACACAGCUGAUCAAGGAGCUAGUUAUCUGUCGUGUGGCAGUCCUCAAUGAAGCGUGGUUUGAAUGGGAGCACCAUGCACCGCUCCUGCGAGAGGGCGGAUUCAGCGAGGCUGGCUUGGCUGUGGUCCUCGAUAAGGAGACGGAUGUCUCGCAGAAGGUGCAGGAGGGUGUAUUGACGCCGGAUCAGUGUGCCGUGAUGAAGUACACGGACGCCAUGACGAAGACGGUCAGUGUUCCCGAUGAGGUGUUCCAGGAACUCAAAGGGUUCUUCAAUGACCGGGAGGUGGUGGAGAUCACGGCUACUGCAGCGGCAUAUAAUUGUAAAUGUAGUAUGACACAAUCCAUACGACCGACUAUUCGAGACUACCAGCGCAGCAUCAUACGAUCAAACUUCCUGACCAUUGACUGA